GAAAAAAAAGUUGUGAUGCCCUGUACAAAUCAGGAAAGACAACCACCGGCGUGUAUACAAUCGACCCGGACGGCCUGGGAGCUUUUCCUGUUCGUUGUGAUAUGGAAACCACUCCAGGUAGGGGCUGGACUACAUUCCAAAGCCUUGCACUGUGGCACUGUGGACUUUUACAGAAACUGGACUGAAUACAAAACUGGAUUUGGAAAUUUUUCUGGUGAGUUUUGGCUUGGUUUGGACAAGAUUCAUCGCCUGUCAGCCAGUGGGCAGAAUGUGCUGAGAGUUGAUCUCGAAAGUUUUGAAAACGAGAAAACUUAUGCAGUUUAUAAGUCAUUUUCAGUGGGAAAUGAACACAAGGCUUACAUUAUCAAUAUUGGUAACUUCUCAGGUAUAUAAUAAUAAUUAUAAUACAGUAUUAGUAUUAGUAUUGUGAUUGGUCAAGAUAAUGUUCCAGUAGCAUCGUUUGCCAGAAAUCUUGUCAUGUCACAUCAUAUAAAUAAAACUUGUCAAUUCGUAGUAUAUCAUCUUCAUAACAUUAGACGUAUUCGAAAGUUUUUAAGCUAUGAAGAUAGAAAGUCUGUGGUACAAACACUAAUUAUGUCAAGUAUUAACUAUUGUAACAGUCUUCUAUUUGGUGUCACAUAUGUACAUCUGCCUAAACUACAACGGCUACAAAAUACAGCAGCACGUCUUAUCUGUUCUAUCCCUAAGAAUGAUCACAUCACUCCGACUCUCGUCAAACUACACUGGUUCAAAAUUGCCAUGCUUGCUUUUAAAUGUAUCCAUCAGUAUGCACCUCUCUAUCUUGUCAAUCUUUUAAAAGUAAGAAAGAUGUUGUGCUAUAGCCUAAGAUCUAACGAAGGCACAUUGCUUGAAGACUAUAGUACAAAAACCAAGAAAACACUCGGUAACAAAGCAUUCGUAACCUCCGCUCCAAAAAUCUGGAAUGAAUUACCAAUGUAUAUAAGAAAUCUGCAUAACUUCAGUAUUUUUAAGAAAUUAGUUUAGACUUAUUAUUUUGAAGAAGCCUUUAAUGUAAAUAUAGUUCAUGCAUGUAACAUAUAUAAUCUAUAUAAUCUUGUUUAUACUUUUAGUUGGUAACCAUUCAGCAUAGAAUAGUUUUAGUGUAAUUAUGUAUUGUGAUGCGCACUUGAUCAUAUACUAUAACAUGUCAAUUUGCGCAAUAUAAAUAUUUAACAAUUAUUCGCAGAAGGCGAGGUGAUUAUCGGGAAAUAUUCGCCGAGACGAAGUCGAGGUGAAUAUUCCCCAAUAAUCACCGAGCCUGAGGCGAAUAAUUGUUUUAGUAUUUUUUCACAAGUCUUUGUGUUUUUCUUUCCGACUGAAUUUAUUUUAAUUUCACUUAAUAUUUCUUUAUCAAUAACUUCCACAGAACGGCUAGCCGCCAGUUUGAAAAUUUCGGUUUUGUUUUCUUCACCUGUAGGUGAAUAUAACAGCUUCAUACGUCAAGUUUGACCAAUCAACUUGUAGGAUUUGUUAUAUUCACCUGUUAUUAUCCACCGCACAUGAGUUAUUCUGCAAUCUUAGUUGUUGAGCUACUCGCCGUAUAUCAUAUCUUAUUAGAUUCUUCUGAGCCCAAUAUGGCAAAAUAUUAAGUCGAGACUGCAAUAUUGGGCGAGACCAAAGGUCAAGCCUAAUAUUGAAGUCGAGACUUCAAUUUAUAAUAAUUAUUUUGCCAUAUUGGUCGAAGAUGAAUCCAAUAGGUGUUUUAUUACAUCGAAAAAACCGAUUCUAUAGCAAAAACUGAAAGCGUCUUUUCAAGCGAUAAUAAUACACCGAGAAUAAUACUGCGCUAACAUUAACACACAUCGGUGGCGAAUUUGCUCAAGGUGGCUCCAUACAGUUUUCUAGCCUUCGCUUUUUAAAUUAACCAAAUUUAAAUUGAAUACACUUCAGCCUGUUUUCCACUUCAACGGUAUCGUAACGUACCGUACCAUUUUCUUUUGUGUCGCAGUCAUCAGUUCCACACUACCGCUCAGGAAACAAAAAAUACGCUACGAUUCGGGACUAUGCGUAUUGCAGCUGUCGAUAUACAAACAAAUAGGAACAGUGUAAGCGUAAUUACUCUUUUAUUGUUUAAUUUUACAAUGAAAAAUUGUAACAGAGAAUUAAUAAUUAAUUACUUCUUCAGUUAAUGACUAUUAGACAUACCAGGUAUCCCGAAAAAAAGCACACCUUUAUAAAUUUUCCCAUUCUAAUUGUUUAAAUACCUGAGCAUUAAUCUUGUUUUCGUAGUAAAGCUUUUUAACGUACUGUAGCAUUUUCUUUUGUGUCGAAGUCAUUCGUUCCACACUACCGCUCAGGAAACAAACAAAUACGCUACGCUUCGCUACGAUACGGUUGAAGUGGAAAACAGGCUUUACGCUAAACUCACGGAAGCGUUAAAUAUAGAGUGUAUUGAAAAACGAGACCUUAAUAAAUUACUGUAUUCUUGUUAAGCACAAGAUUUUCUACUCCUGGGAAGUUAAAAAAGCUUCUAAAAAGCUUCUUGUCAAACGAAAUUAAAGUUUUAAAUAACUUCGUCAUGCAUAAAAUUCAUUUCUAUUCUCUUUUAUGCACCCGUGGGUUCAUCAUAGUAAUAUUGGCUUUCAAAUUCUAACCUGAGCUUGAUUUCAAAAAGCUAGUAUAUUUUUUUAUAAAAUAACAUGUAUAUAACGCGUGCUCUGAUUGGUCGAAACCCGUGUUUGGAUCAGGCCAUCCAAACACGGAAGACUAUCGUGUUGUUAUUAUUUUAUAAAACAAUUACUUUAUGGUUUCCCUGUUAGGAUGGCCUGAUCCAAACACUUGGGAAUGUUGCUCGAGUUAAGAAAAGCGCGCAAAAUCACUCGCCUUCGGCUCGUGUUUCGCGUGCUUUUCUUAACUCUCGCAACAUUCCCGCGUGUUUGGAUCAGGCCAUCCAAACACGGAAACCAUAAAGUAAUUGUAUAACAUUGCACCAUUCGCUCUCGUCGUAUAUGGCUGACAUGUGUCAGGUCAUAUACGACUAAAGCUCAUCGUAUAAUUGUGGAGACCUUUAGAAAUCAACCAUAUUGUUAAAAUUUGAGUAUGCAGUACUUGAAGUAGCAGGCCUAGAAAAGUGUUUUAUUCUAUAUUCUACAAUACAUACAUGAUAUGCACAAUAACUCGGGACCUGGAGACAAGUUGCAUCAAAACGAGGCUGGUAGCCAGAUGCCAAAUUGUAUCAUUUGAGGCAUUAUGCAUAGUGUGUUAUAGAACUGCAUUGUUUCCUAAAUCUUCACAGUAUCAGUUGCUAACUUGCUAUGACCAGCUUCACCACAGAUUUUGUAAUUUUUAGCUUUUUUCAUGAAUCAUGACAUUAUCAAUUAGGUUCGAAUUUGUUUGCAAGCAGCAGUCCUUGUAUUCAAUUUUUAAUUUAAUUUAAUAUAAACAUUCAUAUGAAACAAAGAGAAAUUAAAAAGCUUGCUAGGAAAUUAUAGAUUAUUUACUAUUAGAUUUAGCACUUUAAUAACUAUUUUAAUUAACGAAAUUUCGAACCACAAUGGCAUAUUAAAUGAUAACCAACGGUCAUAAUACUAAAAUUAAUGCCCAACUUACUUGCUUUGGAAACGUAAAUGAAUGUAAAUGACAAUGAUUCCUCUGUAUAAAACUGUAUUAUUGUUUAAUAUAUUCCUAUUUCCUAUCAGGCUCUUAAAUUCAGAAUUCACUGCCUCUCAUUAACACUAACACUAAGUAUUGCAAGCAGAUUGUAAUUUUUCCGCUGAAGGGAGCAGUAUUUUCAAUAUCUGUUCCCAGACAGCAUCCCUCCCCCCUGGUAAACGGAAUCUUCCUUCCCAUCAUCUCGGUAAUUCCUCUGUGGUCGGGGGGGGGGGGAGUCUACGCAGUCUAUAAGUCAGAAUCAUUCGAUUCCGCAAACGCAAUAUGGCGGGAUAUGCAUCAACAUUUUAAAGUUUUUUAUCAUGUUAUUCAUGUAUUAUGAUAUUAAAAUGAGAUUCCAAAAGCCUAUCACUACAGAUUGUUUCUACUAAAUUUAAUGUUGGUCACAGACAGGCAAGCACGGUAUGUUUACUACAAUAUUCACCUUUAACUUUGCUUUUACUAUAAAUCUAUAUUUUCACGAAUUUUGUGAAUGUGAUUGUGUAUUAAAAUAUUUCUCCUAAAAUUCUGCGCGUAUAUCGUUGGCUCAGUAGCUCUGUUGCCGGUUGUAUAUAAAAACAGUUCAACGAAUAACUUUGCAGUUUGAGCUGUUGAUAUCACAGAGACCUUUAUACUAUAAGUAUAACAGUAUUUUAGUAAAAUUUGAUAGUCAUGUGAUAGCUGCAUAAAAGCUAAGCAAGUACUUUUGAUGUUUUGAUAUCAUUGUAUAGUUGAAAUAGAAUAGAUAAGUGAUCUGGGAAUAUUAAUUUUCAACCAUACUUGGCAGUUUGGGUUCUGUUAUUAUGUUUAAUUAUUUUCACUGUAAUUUAUUAAAUACUGGGUAUUACUGUAUACAGUAUGCCUGCUAAGGCCUGCUUACUGUAUUAAAGUAGAGUAGUUGGUGGAAUUAUUUGAUCAAUACAGCUUUAUGGCAUUACAGAAAAUGUAGUAAAUUAAAAAUAUGAUAACAUUUCAGAUAAUCAGGCUUACAUACUUGUAUGUUGAUGUCAGUUGCAAUGCCAAACUCAUAGAAUAUAUAAGUGAGUAUUGUGAGUCUAAAGAAUUUUGAUUGACAGUAUUUGUGUUUUACUGACGUGAAACUGUGCCGGUUUUUAUUUGCAAAAUAGGUCGAGUUUAGGCGAGUUAAGCAAAAUUCUGUCAACUUCUCAUUGCGAGAUAAGGCGAGAUUGGGCGAGUUAAGCAAAAUUCGAUCAAUUUCUAUUGCGAGAUAGGGCGAGAUAAGGCGAGUUAGGGCGAGUAGAGUAGGCCUUUUGCAUGGCUUUUCGCUGUGCAUAUAUUAGAAAAAGGAGACCUUUAGAAAUUGAAAUAACGUUUAAACAAAAAAUUGUCUGCUCCUGGGAACAAUCUACCAUGCAUACUGUACGUAGAUCACAUGUUACGCACUCGUGGGCUUAGCAAAGUGCUACAGGAUUCAAAUUAUAACAAUGGUUGAUUUCUAAAGGUCUCCUUUUUCUAAUAUAUGCACUGCAUCAAUAUUGCACGCACCACGGUUCAGCAUAUGUGUAAUUUAAAAGGCAUUCAAAUUUUAACAAUAUGUUUGAUUUCUAAAGAUCUCCUUUUUUUUUAUACACCCUGUAUAGUUAUAAAUUCCUUGCGUGCUUGCAUUAUGAAACGUAGUCUCAAAAUCACUAAACAUUAAUGCAUCAACAAAUAGAAAGGAACCGCUAAGACAAAAUGCGAAAACAAUCACCAACUCGAACUCAUAAUAUAGAAAGACCCUACUUAUAUAACGCUAAUAAACGCUCAAAUGUAUUCAGAUAUAACCUUUGAAUUUAUUUUUUAAUACAAGUCCCGGUUUGAGAAGUAACAUUAAUAUCCGAUCGGGUAUAUUACUGGGUCGUUAGUAUAUUCAUAGUUAACAGAAUAGAUGGUUUGGAAACUCAUUAGAAUGACAAUAUAACUCAUUAUCUAUGUUAGUCAACGUUUAUUCAUAAAUAUGGUCCUUCACCGUCACGUGUAUAUUGUAUUUUUGCCAAAUCCACCAAUAGCAAUUUGCAAUUUGCCCCAUUGUUCGAGUCACGGAUAGGUAACUUUCCUAAAACAUUGCUAUUGUUAGUUGGGCAAAAAUACAAUACACACGUGACGGUGAACGACCAGAUUUACGAAUAAACUUUGACUAAUAUAGAUAAUGAGUUAUAUUGUUAUUCUAAUGAGUUUCGAAACCAUCUAUUCUAUUAACUAUGCAUGUUAUAUUGCUUACAAAACACACCAAAAUUACUAACUACUCGAUCUGAUUAUAACUAUAAAGCACAACUUAAGUUUUACAGCCCAACAGUAAAAAUUCAUUGCGGAUAUUUUAAGUAAAUCGCAUGUUUUUGUAACAUCAGAUAUAGUAAAAUUUUAUUCUUUUUAUUAAAAUGUUUAUAGUUAAACGAAAUAGAAGGAAAAUUUAAAACCCAUCCGGGCCUUCCUACAUUGGCUAAAAUAUUUAUAGAUUUUUAAUUUUGUUGAAUAUUUACUUCACAGGGACAGCAGGAGACUCUUUAACUUCUACCAACGUGAUGAAAUUCAGCACUAAAGACGUCGAAAAUGAUAUCUCGCCUGGUACACCUUGUGCUCAGCGCUGGCACGGCGCAUGGUGGUUUGGGAACUGUAUGGAUGCACACUUGAAUGGCGAAUAUCUAGGAGGUAGACACCACGGAGGAAAAAAGGCAGGUGUUUUAUGGAUGAGCUUUAAAGGAUUGUAUUACUCUUUAAAGGGCAGUGAAAUGAAAGCAGGACCUGAUAAAAUUUAAAACGCUCGUUUUAUUAUAAACAUUUUGAAAACUUUGUAAAAUUUUGCUCUUUACUGAUAAUGUAACUAGAUAUAGAAUGAAUAUAUUGAAAGCUUUUGGCUUAUGCCUAUGCGCACGCGCAAUGACCUAUAUAGGCGCUGCCUUGCUGCCGUGCGUUCGAACGUAUAAUAAAGCUUGAGUACUAGUGUAUUAUCUAAUACACGUCUUGACCGCGAAUUAGAGAGACAGAGAUGUUAAUUCUCACGUACUGUAGUUUACGCUUCUGAAACAACGCUUCCCAUUUUUUUAUCGUCGGCACAGAAACAUCAACAAAACAACACUGGAAAAAAUUUUGAAAAUCCAUAGAAUGGAAAUUGUAUGGAUCCUUAUUGGCAAUAUAAUGGAUUUUUGAUUAUCCAUACUAUGGAUAUAGUAUCGAAAUAGUAUGGAUAUACUAUGGAUUUUGUGGUUCAAUUGCAAAUCUCAUAGUUUGGAUUUCACAUUUUUUCCCAGUGCACCUGCCAAUGGCGCCGUCAGGAUUUUUUUGGGGGAGCUGGGGGUGGGGGAGGACAACCUGCCAAUCUCUAAGUCAAACAUUUUGGGCGUCUGGGUGCAUUCAUGAUCCCAGCCGGGGGUGGUAGAAUUUUGCAUGGGUCUCUAAAACGACAUUUCCUGCAUUGUAUUUCUUGCAUUGGAUGAAUAUGCAGCGAAGAAUAUCAAAUUCUCCGACACUAAUUAUUGUUUUGGAGGACUUUGUUCGCCCCACCUUUAUCCCUGUUCUACCACCCCAACACGUAAGUGUUUUGUGAAGAAUAUAGAGGUGUCUGCGGGACCUUUAUUGGAAAUAAAGUGGAUUUUGAGAAUCCAUAAUAAUUGUGUACUUCCACACCAUGGACAUAGCAUCGAAAUAGUAUGGAUAUACUAUGGAUUUAGUGGUGCAAUUGCAAAUUUCAUAGUAUGGAUUUCACAUUUUUUUCCAGUGUAUUAUAUAUAUAUAUAUAUAUAUAUAUAUAUAUAUAUAUAUAUAUAUAUAUAUAUAUAUAUAUAUAUAUAUAUAUAUAUAUAUAUAAUGCAUAACUGCAAAUUAAUUAAGCAUAUAUAUAUCAAGCGCAUAACUGCGAAGCAGCCUUAUACAGUUAAGAUGUCAGCUGAUGUUGGAUGGAUUGUUUUUAUAACCAGUUGUGGUCGUCAUAGCUUAAUUUGUAGUCCGUAAUUUUGUAGUUGAUAAAAUGUACUUUAUAUGUUCUUUACAUAUGAAAAACUCUUUUGAAAAUUAAAUUGUAUUUGGAACAAAAACAUGGGACUAACCUCUUAUUAUUAAAGAGCGAUUGGAUCCUGUGAUUUUCAGGUUGCAAAAGCGCAGUACUGUCGUUUACUGCUUUUGCAAAUACGGUCGAUUAACUUUUUGUCGCUAUAUAUAUAUGAGUCAAUAACGUCGAUUUCAGGAAGGAUGCGGGAUGCCAGUCUGAAAUGUGGACUAUUGUCUCUUAAAAGCCUUAAGAGUAGUUGAUGGUUGCGCAGAGCAUGAGACCUGUUGGUUUUUAGUUUAAAG